GCGCCAGCCCGGGACGCCGGCCCUGCCCGCUCCGCUCCCCCGCGCCCCGCGCCCCCCGCGCCCCCCGCGCCAGGCAUGGCCCCCAGCACCGUGGCGGUGGAGAUGCUCAGCCCCAAGGAAAAGAACCGACUGCGGAAGCCGGUGGUGGAGAAGAUGCGCCGCGAUCGCAUCAACAGCAGCAUCGAACAGCUGAAGCUGCUGCUGGAGCAGGAGUUCGCGCGGCACCAGCCCAACUCCAAGCUGGAGAAGGCCGACAUUCUGGAGAUGGCCGUCAGCUACCUGAAGCACAGCAAAGCCUUCGCCGCGGCUGCUGGCCCCAAGAGCCUGCACCAGGACUACAGCGAGGGUUACUCGUGGUGCCUGCAGGAGGCCGUGCAGUUCCUGACGCUGCACGCCGCCAGCGACACGCAGAUGAAGCUGCUCUACCACUUCCAGCGCCCGCCCGCCGCGCCCGCCGCGCCCGCCAAGGAGCCCCCGGCGCCGGGCGCCGCGCCCCUGCCCGCCGCGCGCUCCUCCGCCAAGGCCGCCGCGGCGGCGCGCCAGCCCGCCUGCGGCCUCUGGCGGCCCUGGUGACCCGCCGGCCCGGGGGCGCCCGCGGAGGGCCUGAGG